CGUCGCGCGCCGCAGACUCAGCUGAUGCGCCCUGCAGUGUCUUCUUCCGCCGCGUCCCGCUCACAUCCCGAAUCCAUGUUGUCUUAGACCUGUUCGGAGCUGUUUUAUAGUUUAACAAAAAGCAAGCAUGCAGUUUAGAGACAGAAUACCGCUGUUAUGCCUUUUAGUGCACUGUGCGUUCGUCGCGGCGUGGUGUUUUACGGACAUGGAUACGGGGCCUAGCGCAGGUGGAGCCGCACAACCCAACGGGGAUCGCUUCAAGAUCGAGGGAAGAGCCAUCGUCCCCGGGAUUAAACCUCAAGAUUGGGUGUCCUCCGCUCGGGUUUUGGUGGAAGGAGAAGAAUAUGUCGGAUUUAUGAGAACUGACGGAAGUUUUGCAGUCAACGACAUCCCUCCAGGCUCUUACGUUGUGGAAAUCAUCUCCCCCUCCUUCAGGUUUGAGCCAGUGCGUGUGGACAUCACAUCCAAGGGAAAAAUGAGAGCUCGUCUGGUGAACUACAUCAAGACGUCUGAAGUCAUCCGGCAGCCGUACCCCCUGCAGAUCCGAGCGUCUGGCCCUCACAGCUACUUCAUGAAGAGGGAGACCUGGGGCUGGACCGACUUCCUCAUGAACCCAAUGGUGAUGAUGAUGGUUCUUCCUCUGCUGAUCAUUGUCCUUCUGCCCAAAGUUGUCAACACCAAUGAUCCAGAAAUGAGAAAGGAAAUGGAACAGUCAAUGAACAUGCUGAACCCCAACCCUGAACUGCCAGACGUCUCCGAGCUCAUGACCAAACUCUUCUCCGGCUCCAAGGGCUCGAGUAAAGCAGGAGGAAGCAGCAAGGGCACGCGGCCAGCUGUCAAACGGAGGUAGUAGUGCCCCCUACUGGACAUGCCAUGGAAGCAAGAUUUUUAAGUGUCAUUAAAAUCCCAUUUGGGGUCUACUGUACAGUUUCUUUAUUAAGAUAUUGAGCACUCUUGACCUAUGAGGUACAAUUGGAUUUUUUUUGUUCUGCACUGAUAUUCUUAACAAAUGCUAAUCUUAAUUUACAUUUCCUCCAUCUUCUAACUUAAUUUUUUCUGCUGCUACUUCCCAAUACAGAGCAUAUAUACAUAUACAAAGGGUUUUUUUGUCUUUGAAAAACUGUAAAGCGACUGUGAAUGAAGAUGCAUUGAAAUUUUAAGACUUAUGAGAUCUUAUUUAAAAACCAGAUUAAUAAAUUGUGAUGGUAUAUAAAA